AUGAAGAUCACUGCCAGCUUGAUAGGACUCUUUGGCCACGCCAAUGGACUCGACCUUCCAAGAGUUCAAGGAGGACUUCAAUGGAACGCCCCUGCCGCUCUACCCGCGAUGAGCUCAGCACCGAUAGUUUCUGUUGCCCCAGUAGCCCCAGUUGUCCAGGUCGCCCCUGUUGCCCCGGCUGUCCAAGUCGGCCCUGCUGACUCGAUUGCCCCUGCUGUCGCAGUCGCCCCUGCUGACCCUGUCAAAGUUGAGCAGCCAUUCGAAGCCGUUCAGAUCGCUGAAACUCCGUCUGAGCCAGUCUUUGCUUCCCCUUCGGUUGGCCCGUACGAUCUAUCGGGUCUUCCGGCUCUUAACUCCCCACCACCAUCGUCGAGCUUCGUCUUCCACAACAAACUGCCAAAAUCAGGCUCGACGACGAUGAAGUACAUCAUUUCGACGCUUCAAAAGGCCAACGAUUUCCACAUGGACUACCAAUCGCCGUGCAUUAACAAGGCUACCUGUGCCACCGACCCUGCCGACGGAAUCGGCGCAGAGAGUACGCUUGCUAAUCACGUGCGCGAACAACGCGAGCAGCACCCUGGAAAGUUCAUCCUUUUGAAGCAUCAGUACUGGCUCAACUUCACUCGCUUUGAGAUGGAACAGCCCACCUACAUUAACGUCGUCAGAGAUCCAGUAACUCGAUUCGCAUCGAUGUAUUACUUCAACAGAUAUGGCUUCAAAUCAAUGGGAUCAAAAGAUAGACAGGGCGUCCAGCGACAUUCGUGGAAGGGAACUGAAGAGGACAUCGCAAGGACACUGGACAUGUGCAUGGAGGAGCAGAAUGAGGAGUGCACCGAACCCCUGCAAGUCCUCGUCCGAUACUUCUGCGGAACAGAUCAGGAGUGCAACAUGAAGUCGUCGAAGAUGGGCAAAUUCGGCGCGCUCAACAACUGGGAUAAAGUGGCGAAGGCGGCGGAACUGGCCAAGAAGAAAAUUGUGACGCAAUACUAUUCGAUCGGACUUAUGGAAAAAUUCGACGAGACAUUGGCCCUCUUCGAAAACAUGCUUCCUGGUUUCUUCAAGGGCGCACAGGCUGCGUACCGAUCUCAAUUCGUUCAAAACCAGCGCGAAUCUUCAAAAACUGCUCACACCGACGGUUUCAGCAACUCGACGAGAACCUGGCUGGAACAAGGGCCCCUUAAAUACGAGGUGGACCUUUACAACUUGAUCAGCGCAAUCUUCUACGAGCGCCUUUCCUACUUCGGCAUCACUGCCGACACAACGACCGCUGAUUCUACCAAGUAA